AUGAUGCGACCGAAAGAUCUACGUCAAGGUUCCGGCACCAAGACCUUCCUCGACGCCAUGCACGGUGGAAAAGUUCACCUCGCGCGCUUCAUAUUGGACGCCCUGGACGGACGAAUUAUCAACUCAAAGACAGAAAACAGCCGCACCCCUCUAAUUUAUGCCGUGUGCCUACAAGAAGCCGGAACUCGAGCCAAAUUCACCCGGCUCCUACUGGAGAAGGGGGCCGAUGUCAACUGCCAGGACGAAGACGGUCGCACAGCUCUGAGUCACGCCUGUGAGUUAGGUCACUUGGACGUGGUAAAGAUUCUCGUGCAGUUCAAUGCUGAUCCAGACAUCUCUGAUGUGUGGGGAAAUAGUGCCCUAAUGUAUGCUGCCUUUUCCGGGCACAGCCAAGUGCUUGAAUUUCUUGUCAGGGCUUUCAAAAGACUCGGAAUGAGACUGGAUAGAAUAAAUAAUGCCGGACACACGGCCAUCGAGGUGGCCGACUUCUUUGGACACAACCAAUGUGUGCAGAUUCUUAACUUUCAGUACAGACGGAGUGUGGGCGCUGAGGAUUCGCUUCCUGAUCCAGGAAGUGUUGGAGAUGGAGAGCUGCCCAACAGACUCCCCAGGCAUGUCCUGGAAAGGUUCUCCAGCAGGAAAGAAGACCAACUACCGGGACUAUUUCAGAGGCAGGUAAAGACCGGAGAUGGCAACGGACUGUGGAACCGAUUCACAUGUCCUAGGAACCAGAGUCUUGAACAGAACAAUCGCAACAAGUGGUCUCUGCCACCUCAAAAAAGCCAAACUGAAGGGGAUCAGAGUGUUUUCUUCACAACCAAACAACUCCAAAACUGCCAGCUCGGCGAUCUGAGAGGGACGAGAAUGCUCACCUCGCCAUCUGAGACAAACCCGAAAGAUGUCAAAGAAGAAAGUGGAACCCAAGAGCAAACCCGACAAAGGUUUCCUCCCUGCGGGAAAUCAAAGUCUUUCAACCAGGAGCUUUUGAGCAUCAGAAAGCAGUCCUACCAGGGUGAAGUGCACGAUUUGACCUUGUCGGCCAGCAAGUGCAAGAGAGCCUCUCUACAGGAUGACCGAUGUCUCCUGGAGUGCCAAGGGAACUCCCGGGUCCUGUCAAAUGAUGGUGAAAAAACAGUCUCACCUCCAAAAGCUCCUGCAGGCAUCAAGUGUCUCGAGGAGAGGUCAAAGGCAGACGAGCUGCAGAAGAGAGGAAGUUUUGCCCAUGGCGGUAGACACAACAAAAUACUCUUCAGCCGAGGGGAGACAGAGGCGGGGAAGAUGCCCAGCCGUGCCCCGGGCUUCGUGGGCCUCGGAACGAGGCUGUUCCGUCGAUUCACUGCACCUGAGUUCAUGAGGAUGGUCAAAGACUGUUCCUCAAGCUCCGCAAACGGAAGAGGACGGAUGUCACGCUCUGAGACAUUCCCUCUGUCCCACACACACCAGCAGGUCAACAGUCAGCCAAGCGUGGACAGCAUCAGCGGAGUGAAAUGUGAGUUUGAAAGCUCCUCGUCUCAGCCAACCCUUGAUUAA